AUGCAGUUUUCGCGAUUGGCGAGAAGCCAGGCCAGGGCCUUUUCUACUACCCGACCUGCUGCUCGAGUUAUUGCCAACCAUCCCCUGAGAGCUAAGGAGGCUUCUCCUCAUGUCAGCACAAAGUACAACGUUAUUGAUCACGAGUACGAUGCCCUCGUCGUCGGCGCCGGUGGUGCUGGCCUCCGUGCUGCCUUCGGUCUCGCUGAGGCUGGCUUCAACACUGCCUGUAUCUCUAAGCUGUUUCCUACUCGAAGUCACACUGUCGCCGCUCAGGGUGGCAUCAACGCUGCUCUCGGCAACAUGCACGAGGAUGACUGGAGAUGGCACAUGUACGAUACCGUCAAGGGCUCUGACUGGCUGGGCGAUCAGGAUGCUAUUCAUUACAUGACCCGUGAAGCUCCCGCCUCCAUUAUCGAACUUGAGCACUAUGGUUGCCCCUUCUCCCGAACCGAGGAGGGAAAAAUCUACCAGCGAGCUUUCGGUGGACAGUCCCAGAAGUACGGCAAGGGCGGCCAGGCCUACCGAUGCUGCGCCGCAGCUGACCGAACCGGCCACGCUCUUCUGCAUACUCUCUACGGCCAGUCUCUCGCCCACAACACCAACUACUUCAUCGAGUAUUUCGCUCUGGAUCUGAUUAUGCAGGAUGGCGAAUGCCGUGGUGUCCUCGCCUACAACCAGGAGGAUGGUACUUUGCACCGAUUCCUUGCCAACAACACUGUCCUGGCCACCGGUGGUUAUGGCCGUGCGUACUUUAGCUGCACGUCUGCCCAUACUUGCACUGGUGACGGCAUGGCCAUGGUUGCCCGUGCUGGUCUCCCCAACCAGGAUCUCGAGUUCGUUCAAUUCCAUCCUACCGGCAUCUACGGUGCUGGCUGCUUGAUCACCGAGGGUGCUCGCGGUGAAGGUGGUUACCUGCUCAACUCUGAGGGUGAACGUUUUAUGGAGCGUUACGCGCCUACUGCUAAGGAUUUGGCCUCUCGUGAUGUCGUCUCUCGAUCCAUGACCAUGGAAAUUCGUGACGGCCGUGGUGUCGGUGCUGAGAAGGAUCACAUCUACCUCCAGCUCAGCCACUUGCCCGCUGAGAUUCUUGCUGAGCGUCUGCCCGGUAUCUCCGAGACUGCUGGUAUCUUUGCUGGCGUCGAUGUCCGAAAGCAACCCAUUCCUGUCUUACCUACUGUCCACUACAACAUGGGUGGCAUCCCGACCCGCUACACUGGCGAGGUGCUUACCGUCGAUGAGCAGGGCAAUGACAAGGUUGUUCCCGGUCUGUUCGCCUGUGGUGAGGCUGCUUGCGUGUCUGUCCACGGUGCUAACCGUCUUGGCGCCAACUCUCUGCUGGAUCUCGUCGUCUUCGGCCGUGCCGUUUCGCACACUAUCCGUGACAACUUUAAGCCUGGUGAAAAGCUCAAGCCUCUUGCUGCUGAUGCUGGUGCUGAGCAUAUUGAGGUUCUGGACCAGGUCCGAACCUCUGACGGCCCCAAGAGCACUGCUGAGAUCCGUCUGGCCAUGCAGAAGGCCAUGCAGACUGAUGUCUCCGUGUUCCGCACUCAGGAGAGUUUGGACGAGGGUGUACGCAAGAUGAACGCGAUUGACCCCAUGUUCAAGGAAGUUGGCAUCAAAGACCGCAGCAUGAUCUGGAACUCUGACCUCGUCGAGACUCUAGAACUGCGAAACCUCUUGACUUGCGCUACCCAAACUGCUACUUCCGCCGCUGCCCGAAAGGAGUCCCGUGGUGCCCACGCCAGGGAGGAUUACCCCGACCGAGACGACAAGAACUGGAUGAAGCACACUCUAUCCUUCCAGAAGACGCCUCACGGCAAGGUUGACCUGAAGUACCGUGGCGUUAUUUCAACCACUCUGGAUGAGAACGAGUGCAAGCCUGUACCUCCCUUCAAGCGUGUAUACUAA